AUGGAGUAUCCUGCCAUUGCAAAUGCGAUCGCAUAUGUUCAUCGAAUGGAUGUUGUGGCCAUUAACCGGAUGCGUUCAUCGCAUAGAGGUGUUUGGAAGGGAUGGGGAGGAGAUGGAUUUCUUGCAACAGUAAGGGAUUCAGGUGAAAAUUGUUCUUGGUAUUUGGAUCAAUUGGGGAUGACUGCCACAUUUAAUCAUCAGUCGGAAGAUGACAGUCAUGGAGGGAGGAGGAAGAAGGGGCUGAAGGAGGAGGUAAAGGAAAAGAUGCCAAGACAUCAUCAUGAGCCCCAGGUAAUGUCAUCCACAACGCUGGGCGGUUAUUCAUCGGCCCAGUACGAAGGGCAGCAUGAGAAGAAGGGAAUAAUGGAGAAGAUCAAGGAGAAGCUAUCGGGACAUCACUAA